AUGGAACGUAAUACAGGAAUAACUACAGAGGACCAAUGUAAGGAAAAGGACAACAAUCACGACAUCACAAAAGAAAGACGUUUCUUCAAUAGAAUUAUGGGAGAUAACAUUAACAAGAGCGAUUUACCGUUUACCAACAUAUAUUUACUCGUGUGUAUUAUUGGAGUUCUACUCGCUCUAUUAAUACAGAAUUACAACUUACACGGCGCGAGUAGCAACUCGUCCAAAGAUCAUGUAACCGGGAAUCGUAAAUACUGGGUAUAUUCUACCCACAGCGACGUCGAGAGCAGACGCGGUCUGUUAAAGCACGUGCAUUUGGUUUUAGAGAGGAUCGGCUACGAAAUGAGCACGAAUCGGACGCCAUGGACUUUGCUCUGGUCCCACGACUACCCUUUCCGCGUGUUAUACCCACACCUGCAUAGAUUAAAGCACAAUCAGAUGGUCAACCACUUCCCAGGUACGGGAUUUAUUACCAACAAAGUCGAUUUGGCCACUUCCGAUUCUAAGUACAUACCGAAAGCGUUUAAAUUGCCGAAGGACGGAGACGCUUUCCUCCAGUACGCGUCUAGAAAUAAAAAAGCAAUGUUCCUGCAGAAACACAACCAACACCGAGGUGUGCACCUAAAGAACGUGAGCGAAAUAGACUUGACAAGUGGAGAAAGUUUCGUUCAAGAGUACGUGCAAAAACCGUUCUUGGUCGACGGCCAUAAGUUCGACAUUGGCGUGUACGUCGCUCUGACAUCUGUCAACCCUUUGAGAGUGUAUUAUUACAAAGGAGACGUCUUAUUCAGAUACUGUCCAGCGAAAUACUAUCCUUUCGACCCAAAAGUAUUGGACAAGUACGUAGUAGGGGAUGACUACCUGCCGACGUGGGAAGUACCCUACUUGGCGCAUCCUUAUACUGCACUGGGAUUCAGCAUGAAGGAAGCCUUCGACACCUACGUCCGUUCUAAGGGCAAGGACCCGACGAAGAUGUGGGAGGAAAUUGAAAACGCGAUCACCGAGGUAUUUUUGAAGAAAGAGCAUCAUAUCAUCGGGGCGCUGAAGAGCUAUCCGUCAUCGGACAACUUCUUCGAGCUCAUGAGGUUCGACCUGGUGGUCGACGAAGACCUGAAGGUCUAUCUCCUAGAAGCGAAUAUGUCGCCGAAUCUCAGCUCAGCGCAUUACCCACCCAACCAGUUGCUGUAUGAACAAGUCCUGUACAAUCUCUUCUCAUUGGUCGGUGUCGCUGAUUUUAUGCGCGGACGGGAUACUGGAGAUUUGAGAGAAAGAAUGCUGGCGGAAAAUAUGGUCUCGUCUCAGAAAAACAUAGCGGUCUGGAGCGACGAAUGCAGAACUAAGUGCAGGGACCAGUGCGAGGAAACACCGGUUUGCGGUCUAUGCAAACCUUGCCUUAGCGUCGAACUGAAACGCAGCCUGCUGAAAGCACACAGGGAAUACCUGCACAAGGGUGACUUCAAAAGAUUAUUUCCCCCCAGUAUGGAACAAAGAUCAGUGAAACCAGAUGUAUUGACUGAAUUAAACGAAAUAAACAAGCUACAAUAUUUGUGGUAUCAAGGUGGCUGUGCAUUGUACCGGACGGCUUCAGCCUUUAGUAACCGUAAGGAGACAUCAAUUGGUAUCUUUGUAGGUGUACUGAUUGUGCUUGUUUCACCAUUGGCAGCGCAAUAUGAAGAUAACACAAUAUUACAGGAAGAACGUGCAACCUGCGAUAUCUUUGAUCAUAUACGGAACAAA